AUGGCGCACAUGUGCAGGCAGAUCACCGGCAGCGCAGCGAGCUGUGCGGGCUGGGUCGGAAUCAUCGUCGCCACGGCCACCAACGACUGGGUCCGGACUUGCGACUACACGGUGGCCACCUGCGUCCGUAUGGACGAGCUGGGCUCCCGGGGACUCUGGGCAGAGUGCGUCAUCUCUCCGGCGCUUUAUCACUGCGUGGCCCUCAACCAGAUCCUCACCCUGCCAGCCUACGUCCAAACGUCUCGUGCCCUGAUGAUCUGCGCAUGUCUCCUCGGUCUCCCCGCGAUGCUGCUGGUGCUCAUGUCGAUGCCCUGCGUGCGGCUGCAGAAUGACAACUCUGCCGUCAAGCAGCGACGCGCCCGGGUGGGAGGCAUCCUCUUCAUCAUCAUGGCUGUGUUUGGCAUCAUAUCGACUGUCUGGUUUCCCAUCGGUGCUCACCAAGAUGAGGGUCUGAUGUCAUUUGGCUUCUCUCUAUACGCCGGCUGGGUUGGCACUGCUCUCUGUCUCCUGGGCGGGUCAAUUAUCUUGUGUUGCUACGGCACCGACCCUGGGACCCCGAGCAGGGACAACAGCUUCUACUACUCCAGGCAGGGGGGUACUGCCACGCCGCUGGAUCCCCCCGCCAACCACGCCAAGAGUGCACGAGUGUGAAGAAGAUGUGGUUGUCUGUCCCUUGUUUUAUAUGCAAUUUUUAGAUUUAGCUGAUCCAACUCAUAAGACGUGAGCAUGUUGGGGUUUAGUGCCUUGCACAAGGGCAGCAAGGAGCCAAUCAUAGCUACAGGA